AUGGCGUACUCAGGCCUAAACUGGACGCAAACGACGCAUGUGCGUCUCUUUGAGCAGGUGCUCGACCAGAGCAUCUCCCACGGCCACAUGCGGGUGGUACUCCCGUCAGGCUCGGAGCUGGGACAAUUCGGCCACCCAACGGCAGCCAAGGCAGUCGACGCCGGCGAACGAGCGGUUGUCCUCUGGAUCCACGACGCCGACAUGCUCUCCAUGGUAGUCUGUGACUCGGACAUCGGGCUGGGUGAUGCCUACAUGCGCGGCAUGUUUGACGUGGCUGAGAUCGUGGUCAGCAGGAGUGCGCCGGCUGACGCAAGCAUGGAAGGGCCGAGCACGGAAAAACUUGUGGCUGACGCAGGCCUGGUGGCGCUGCUGGAGAUCAUGACUCACAACCUCGGGCGGGCGACCGAACUGCUGGACGCCGGCCCUCUGGCUGCGCUCGUGGCCGGUAUGCCCACCCUGGCCGCGGCAUCGGCGCUGUACUGCGCAGGAAAUGCGGUCAACAACAUGCGGCAUCAGCUCCGGUCCAACACGAUUGGUGGCUCGCGUGAAAACAUCGAAGAGCACUACGAUCUUGGCAACGACAUGUACGAGCUCUUCCUCGACGACACUAUGUCGUACUCGUCUGGCAUUCACACUACCGCGUGCGAGGCGCGCCGUUUCGGCCCCGCCGACUGGGACUUUGACGCAACGCCGGAGCUCCCGCUCAAGGCGGGGCAGCUGGCCAAACUCGACGCAGUCAUCGCGCGCGCUGGCAUCCAGCCUGGCGACUCGAUUCUGGAGAUCGGGUGUGGCUGGGGCUCAUUUGCCAUCCGGGCUGCGUCGACCAUUCCCGGCAUCCGUCUCGUUGGCAUCACCAUCUCGCGUGAGCAGCUUGCGCUUGCGCAGAAGAGGGUCACUGCCCUCGGCCUCGACGCAUCCAUCGAGCUUUGCCUUUGUGACUACCGGCUGAUGGGACUCGGUUCCAAGCGGGUGGGCGCCGAUGACGAACUCCCGGUCCCGACCUCGCUGCAGCUGCCAGGCAGCUUUGAUCGAGUUGUCUCGAUCGAAAUGCUUGAGGCUGUUGGCCACGAGCACCUUCCGGGCUACUUUGAGGUUGUCGACCGCAUGCUCAAGCCCAACACGGACGCCAGUGCACUGAUCCAGGUCAUUGGCCUGCCCAACAGCCGGUAUGAGGCGUACAUGCGUGGAUCGGACUUUAUCCGGCGGUUCAUCUUCCCGGGCGGCCACCUGCCGUGCCUUGACGCGCUGGCUUGGGCGACUGGCGACACGAGCUUGGAGCUCGAGUCUGUCGACGACAUCGGGCCUGACUACGCCAUCACUCUCCGGAUGUGGCGGGAGCGUUUCUUAUCUCAUCGUGCCUCUCUCACCGAGUCACUCGGUACACGUUUCGUCAAGAUGUGGGAGUUCUACUUUGCGUACUGCGAGGUCGGCUUUGCGCAAGGCGCCAUCCACGACUGGCAUCUUCGGUAUGUCAAGAAGGCGCCAGCGCCGCCAACAGAUGAACUGCCCCUCCCCGGACUCGCUGAAGAUCGAGCCAAGCCGCGCAACAAGCGCCUGGCCUGGGUCGCACCAUUUGUGGUGUCGCUUUGGAUGGUGGCGGUGGCGUCGAGUGCGGCCCAUGCCGGGCUGCACAUGCUCAUCAUGCCGAUAGCGCUUGCCGCUGCCGUUGCUGGCUUUAACACCGUCGGCGACGGUGGUCAUCACAAGGUCCAUGCCUUUCUUUGGAGUGGUCUUGCCCUUGCCUGGGUCGCCCUCGCUGCCGCCGAACCUGCUGCUGUCGCGCGUGGCCAUGGCCACGAUGCGCGCGAAACCGCUCAUGGCUUCGCGGUGCUGGCGGGUGCCGGACUCUACCUCGGCGAGCUUGUUGUCAUGCUCCGUAGCGGGGUGGCAUCAUGGCGCGCGCUGGUUCUGUUCUUCAUCCAGCCGUGGGCAUGGGCUGUCACCUUUUCUGGCUUUGGUGUUGGCUCGCUGGCCAUGUUCAUGCUGGGCGACAUCGGCAGCGUUGCCAUGGAUGUGCGAACCAUUGUCCGCGCGCGCGGCACGAGUCUCGCCUCGUCGCCGAUCCCACGUUUCGGGUACAUCCUCACAUGGGUCGCUGCUAUCGCCGGGUCAGUCUUUCUCCGACUUGUUCCGCACACCAUCUUUGCCGUUUCCCUCGCUACCUCGCCAGACUUUGGCUGGCUUGCUGUCUUUGCUGCCUUUGCCGCUCUCAUCUACGAUCUCUCACUCCUCGUCGACAUGUCAGUCAAGCUUCGGAUCGAUCAGCGCGAGCAGGCUUCACGCGCCGGCACUGGUCGUGCUGUUGCCGAGCUGCGCGAAGCCGUUGUCUCGUAA